AUGGCUGGCCAUCGAUAUUUGUUCGGCCUUCAAGGCCAUGCCCUGCAGGUGGCCAUUGGUGUCAUUGCUGGCAUGGAUUUUCUGCUCUUUGGCUACGAUCAAGGUGUUACUGGAGGUCUUUUGACUCUCAGAUCCUUCAUCGACCUCUUUCCCACCAUUGCUCUCACGGGUGAAUAUUAUGAUUCCCUCACCUCUGCGCAGAAAAGCGCGCAAUCAACACGUCAAGGAAUUGUCGUCGCAGCUUACAACUUGGGAUGUUUCGCGGGAUCGAUUCCAACCAUCUGGGUUGGUAACUACCUCGGACGACGCAAGACAAUCUUCCUCGGCUCUUUUAUCAUGGUUAUUGGCGCAAUUCUGCAGUGCACUACAUAUUCGCUUGCUCAGCUGAUUGUCGGUCGACUGGUUACUGGAUUCGGAAACGGUAUGAACACCUCGACUGUGCCGACCUGGCAAUCCGAGUGCUGCAAGUCCAAUCGCCGUGGCCAGCUGGUUAUGAUUGAAGGUGCCAUGAUUACCUGCGGCAUUACCAUCAGCUACUGGAUUGAUUUCGGUCUCCUCUUUGCCGACCCCAACCCCGUCUCCUGGCGAUUCCCGCUGGCCUUCCAGAUCUUCUUUGCGAUCAUCAUCCUGGCAUUCGUCAUGUUCUUGCCCGAGUCGCCCCGAUGGCUUCUGCUCAAGGGACGGGAAGAUGAAGCCAAAGAGGUCCUGGUUUCACUUUUGGGUAGCGAGGCCACCCCGACCUUUAUCGAAAACGAAUUCAUCGCCAUCAAGGCUACCGUGCUGGAAAUGUCCAAGGGUUCGUUCUGGGACAUGUUCACCAUGGGCGAAGACCGUCAUCUCCACCGUACCAUUCUCGCCUACGUCAACCAGAUGUUCCAGCAGAUCUCGGGCAUCAACUUAAUCACUUACUACAUUCCUACCUUGCUGGAAGAUCAGCUGAAAAUGAGCAAUAUCAACUCUCGACUAAUCUCCGCAUGCAACGGAACGGAGUAUUUCCUUGCCUCGUGGGUGGCCGUGUUCACCAUCGAGCAGUUUGGUCGUCGUACACUCAUGCUUUUCGGUGCUGCGGGUAUGUCAAUCUCCAUGGCCAUCCUCGCCAUCACAGCCAGUCUGGGCACCACCGGAGGUGAUGUGGGCUGUGCCGUAUUCCUCUUCGUCUUCAACACCUUCUUCGCCAUCGGCUGGCUCGGCAUGACCUGGCUCUACCCGGCUGAAAUCGUGCCCUUGAAAAUCCGAGCCCCAGCCAACGCCUUGGCGACCUCGUCCAAUUGGAUUUUCAACUUCAUGGUGGUCAUGAUCACCCCUGUCGCGUUCGAGAAUAUCCAGUACAGGACGUAUAUUAUCUUUGCCGUGAUCAACGCGGCCAUUUUCCCGGUUGUUUACUUCUUCUACCCCGAAACGAGUAGACGUUCCUUGGAAGAGAUGGACCGGAUUUUCCGCAAGACCACGAGCAUCUUUUCGGUGGUCAAGACAGCCCGGGAUGAACCUAAUAUGUACGGCAAGAAUGGUGAGCUGCUGCGUACCUUGGACGAUGUAGAGGAUGUAGCAGUCCGCCGUGCUAGUAUCCUGAACCAUCCUCACAAGGAGCAUUUGGAGGAGGAGAGGGACAGUGAUAACAACAUCAAGGCGUAG